CGGGAAAUUCACUUCCGCCCAAACUUUCCAAUUUUCUCUCAGAGUUUAUAAAGGCGCCAAUAUUCAAAGUAUCUAUCACAUUAAGUGGAUUAAUUUCUUGUUCGAGAAACGAUAUGGAUUGUAACUUGCUUACAGCUAAAUUGUCUGUGGGAGAUGGCAGCAAACUUUACAAACGCCAAGAACACCCAAAGAUGGAGUACCUGGGCCAUACCCAGACAGCCACUUACAUGACUGGUCCUCGGCUGGGGGGAAAUAAUGCUCAAACAUUUCUGCCAAGCAUUAGUACAAUGCAGUCCUCCUACAAAGCCCAUGAUACUUACCCCGCCCCAUCACCUCUCAGGAGAUCCCUUACCACCCUACCAUGGAGGCCUAGCACAUACUAUCAAACAGCCCGAGUCAACACAAGCUCAGCAUUAACAAGAAGUAUGCCAGAGCCAAUGUCAGCUAAGAAUCAACUGUCAGAAUUGGACAAUGUUAAGGUUCCACCAGUAUUCGCUGCAGCUAGGAAUGCCUUGUAUACUCGUUACACACCUAAUGAUUGGUAUACAUCAAACCACAGUAACUACAUGGCUUCAGAUCGAGUAAGGAGUAGUGCUGAGCGUCUUCGUCUUGAUACAGUUCGUCUAUGUAGAGAAACAGACGACAAGACCAAGAGGACCCAGAGUGAUGUUGGCAAGAGGCUUGGGGAGAGAAUUGGGGAUAUUCAGUUCUGGAAGACGGAGCUUAACCAUGAGACCGACAACAUGAUCACCGAGAUUAAUGCCCUCCAGGAAGCCAAGAGAGUGUUGGAGAAGGCUCUGCAGGAAACAGAAAACCCUCUUCACAUUGCCCAGGAGUGUCUGUACCAUAGAGAAAAGAGGCAGGCAAUCGACCUGGUACAUGACGUCCCCGAGAAGGAACUGAUCAAGGAAGUGGACCUGAUCAAACGCUGUCAAGAAAAGAUGAGGAACACCAUUGAACGCGCCAACGUUCAACUUGGUCUGGACAGAGCUGCUCAACAUGAGUUAGAGAAAGAUUCAUCUGACAAAUUUGUAGCGAAUAGUUUGGAUGAAAAUUGUCAUGGAUUGCGCAAUUCUUCUCGUGGUAUUGCUUACCACAACGGCGUACAGAGAGUUGACCACACUGUGUCUGUUCCUGAGACAUGGGCUAAAUUUAGCAACGACAACAUCCAGCGUUCUCAGAGUGAACGAGCUGCCUCCAAACAGAUGAGGAAUGAAAUUGAAAGCGUGCUCAACUCAUGUGCCAGCGACAUGUGGCAAGAAUGGAACUCUGUCAACGUUGCCUUGACCCAGCGUAUUGGAGAGUCUACUGAUGCUAGGAACAAGCUCCAGACCCACUUGUCCAAGGUCCUCCAAGAGAUCUUCGACAUGGAAAAGAACAUUGAGCUGCUGAAGAAGGCUAUCCAGGACAAAGAGGCUCCAAUGCAGGUUGCUCACACUCGUCUCGAUACCAGGAUACGUAGACCUAAUGUUGAACUUUGCAGAGAUCCAGUACAACACAGGCUCGUUGAAGAAGUCGACGAGAUCGGUGUUACUGUGGAGCACUUGCAUAACAAACUGCGCAUGGCCGAGAAUGCUCUACAGCAGCUGCUGCGCACUAAGGCAAGUCUGGAACAGGACCUGUCCAUCAAGAACAACAGCUUGUUCAUUGACCGCGAAAAGUGUCUGGGCAUGCGCAAAACAUUCCCAAUGUCACCACGUGUUGUUUCAGUCUAAAUUGCCAUAAACUCUAGGAACAAAGUGAAUGGACUUGUUAUUUCAAUUGAACACUAUUAUUUAUCAUCGGAUGGUUUAUGCAAGAAAUCUUGAUAUAAGCAAAACAAAUGAAAGAACACGAUACGUUGGUACUGUUAACGGUUAAUAUUUUUAUUAUUUUCAUAGGACUUUGUUACUAUUCAGAGUGCAGAAUGUACUAACUUCGUCUUUCAGUGAUAAAUAAAUGUUUACGUCUUGGAUGAACCACGUGUAUAGUUGUACACACAAUAACGUUAUUGACAGAACUGUUGGAUUUAUCUUGGAUCAGUAUUGCACAUAUAACUAUUUAUAUUCCUGUAUAUAAUUACCAUUGGGUGAUGAUUACUCUGUCCACAUAUUCGUGUGUUUUGAUCAGUAUUAUUAUAAAGGUGUGGUUACAUAAAUCUGUGAUAACAUUAUAGGAGAUACACCGUGCAUUGUACAUUUUCUAACCAUUUUGAUUUUUCGUACUGGUAUUUAAAAGGUAUUUCGAUUCAACUUACCAUAUUAAAAUGGAGGGUCAAUGUUACAAGAUCGAUGGCAGAUAACAUGAUGUGUUUUACAUCUUGAAUUUAAAAUAGUGCUUAUAGCAAAAUAGAGCUCCAUUUGUCUUGACUUAUAAUUUUUCUUAAAUAUUGUUUUUGGAUACUUUUAUUAAAGUGGUAUAUCGAUCACGGACUAAAUUCGUUGAUAAGUCAAUUUUUACUAUUACUCAUACAUACUGGAAAUAGACAUCAAAUCCUUUUGAUAAACGGUAUAUUGUAUUUUUUUUAAAUUAUGAAAUCUUUCUUCUUUUUACAUCACACGCAUUAGCAAAUAUUGCACAAUGUAAAUAUAUUUGAUAAUUCUGUACUUUUAUGUAAUUAUAUACAGUAUCCAGAUGAUGAUUUCCCCGGCAUUUAAUGCUAUAGUUUUGGCACUAUGAGUAUUUCUGUUAAUUAUAUAUACAUUAUAUAUAUAUAUUGCAUAUCUGUGAUACUCUAAUAGGUUAUUUAAUAUAUUCGUUGGUAGGUCUUUGCAUCUUUUGCCUGUCAGUAUUUGCACUGUGUGUGUCACCAUUAUUUCUUUGUCAUCGCGUUCAUCAUUGUGCUUUGUGAUGUCAUAUUACAAAUGAUCCGUCCUACAUACUUUACACUGCGAAUGUUAACGAAAAUAAGACCUAUAUUAUAUAUAAUUAUUGUUUGCUCAGUCGCGAAUUUUGUAUGGUUGAACACUUUUAAAAAAUAAACUGGAUGCAGUGAA